CAGACACCCAAAACGGCCAGUACAGGCUCAGUAGCAGAGGGAAGCAAUCAGAACACUGGAAAUAAAUAGGUGGGUCUUACACUCUUGUGAGGACCACUAGGCUGUCUUCUGAUCACAUCUAGCCACUUGAAGUGUGGUCACUGUUUCUAAAGAAGGACACCAGUAUUGUCAUUCAGAAACAAAGAGCCUCAGAGAUUGAGCAGAUAAUCUCUCUUUGAAUCCUGUUCUGGUUGUUAAGGAAUUUUGGUUCAUCUAUUAUCCAGGUCUAUAGACAGAACCAACUUUUGGCCCAAUAACAAAUAAAGCAUGCAGGGGAGUAUGAGUUGCUAAGUUAAGGGAGUAGUUACCCCUGAACCAGAUUUUUGCAUGCAACCUCCCUCCACUGGGCCUCUCUGUAAGCCUUAGAGAGGAGCAUGUGAUUGGGGAAGCUGACCUACAUGUCAACCUUUCAACACUUCAUCUACAUGGCUUGGAGACCACCCAGGCUGUACUCCAGGGGGAACACACUUAUAGACAGUAUCCACUUUGAGGUGCAAUGAGUUCUAGAAGGACACAUCGUAGAGCAUCUGACCAUAGGGCCAACUGCAAUUUAAUCCUGUGCUGUUUCCUUCCAUUCGUUGAGCUCCAGCGGAGACCUGAGAAUCUGGUGAAUGGUCUAAAAAUGGUUGAUGAGCCAAUGGAAGAGGGAGAAGCAGAUUCUUGCCAAGAUGAAGGAGUUGUUAAAGAAAUCCCUAUUACUCACCAUGUUAAGGAAGGAUAUGAGAAAGCAGAUCCUGCACAGUUUGACUUACUCAAGGUUCUUGGUCAGGGAUCCUUUGGAAAGGUUUUUCUUGUUAGAAAGAAGACCGGUCCUGAUGCUGGGCAGCUCUAUGCAAUGAAGGUGUUAAAAAAAGCUUCUUUAAAAGUUCGAGACAGAGUUCGGACAAAGAUGGAGAGGGAUAUACUGGUGGAAGUAAAUCAUCCAUUUAUUGUUAAGUUGCACUAUGCCUUUCAGACUGAAGGGAAGCUGUAUUUAAUAUUGGAUUUUCUCAGGGGAGGAGAUGUCUUCACAAGAUUAUCCAAAGAAGUUCUGUUUACAGAGGAAGAUGUGAAAUUCUACCUCGCAGAACUGGCCCUUGCUUUGGAUCAUCUGCACCAAUUAGGAAUUGUAUAUAGAGACCUGAAGCCAGAAAACAUUUUGCUUGAUGAAAUAGGACAUAUCAAGUUAACAGAUUUUGGACUCAGCAAGGAAUCAGUAGAUCAAGAAAAGAAGGCUUACUCAUUUUGUGGUACAGUGGAGUAUAUGGCACCUGAAGUAGUAAAUAGGAGAGGUCACUCCCAGAGUGCUGAUUGGUGGUCAUAUGGUGUACUUAUGUUUGAAAUGCUUACUGGUACUCUGCCAUUUCAAGGUAAAGACAGAAAUGAGACCAUGAAUAUGAUAUUAAAAGCAAAACUUGGAAUGCCUCAGUUUCUUAGUGCUGAAGCACAAAGUCUUCUAAGGAUGUUAUUCAAAAGGAAUCCAGCAAAUAGAUUGGGUUCAGAAGGAGUUGAGGAAAUCAAAAGACAUCUUUUCUUUGCAAAUAUUGACUGGAAUAAAUUAUAUAAAAGAGAAGUUCAACCUCCUUUCAAGCCUGCUUCUGGAAAACCAGAUGAUACUUUUUGUUUUGAUCCUGAAUAUACUGCAAAAACUCCUAAAGAUUCUCCUGGUUUGCCAGCCAGUGCUAAUGCUCAUCAGCUCUUCAAAGGAUUCAGCUUUGUUGCAACUUCUAUUGCAGAAGAAUAUAAAAUCACUCCUAUCACAAGUACAAAUGUAUUACCAAUCAUUCAGAUAAGUGGAAAUGCUGCACAAUUUGGUGAAGUAUAUGAAUUGAAAGAGGAUAUUGGUAUUGGUUCCUAUUCUGUUUGCAAGCGGUGUAUACAUAUAGCUACCAACAUGGAAUUUGCAGUGAAGAUCAUUGACAAAAGUAAGAGAGACCCCUCAGAAGAAAUUGAAAUUUUGAUGCGUUAUGGACAACACCCCAAUAUUAUCACUUUAAAGGAUGUUUAUGAUGAUGGUAGAUAUGUUUACCUUGUUACGGACUUGAUGAAAGGAGGAGAGCUACUUGACCGUAUUCUCAAGCAAAAAUGUUUCUCAGAACGGGAAGCUAGUGAUGUACUGUUUGUAAUAACUAAGACAGUUGACUAUCUUCAUUGUCAAGGAGUUGUUCAUCGUGAUCUUAAACCUAGUAAUAUUUUAUACAUGGAUGAAUCAGCCAAUGCAGACUCCAUUAGGAUCUGUGAUUUUGGGUUUGCAAAACAACUUCGAGGAGAAAAUGGACUUCUCUUAACUCCAUGCUACACUGCAAACUUUGUAGCACCUGAGGUUCUUAUGCAACAGGGCUAUGAUGCUGCUUGUGAUAUUUGGAGUCUGGGAGUACUUUUUUACACGAUGUUGGCUGGCUACACUCCAUUUGCUAAUGGCCCCAAUGACACUCCUGAGGAGAUACUGCUGCGUAUAGGCAAUGGAAAGUUCUCUUUGAGUGGUGGAAACUGGGACAGUAUUUCAGAUGGAGCAAAGGAUUUGCUUUCCCAUAUGCUACAUAUGGACCCACAUCAGCGGUACACUACAGAACAAGUAUUAAAACACUCGUGGAUAAUCCACAGAGACCAGUUGCCGAAUGAUCAACCAAAUAUAAAUGAUACAUCACAUGUCAUUAAGGGAGCAGUAGUUGCCACAUAUUCUGCCCUGACUCACAAGACCUUUCAACCAGUCCUAGAGCCUGUUGCUGCUUCAAGCUUAGCUCAGCGACGGAGCAUGAAAAAGCGAACCUCAACUGGCCUGUAAGAUUUCCAGUGUUCCUCAGCCAAACUGGAUGAAGAGAAAAUUAAAUGUGUGGCUUUUUGCCUAAUCUUAUAUCAAAGGCAUUGUUUUCUGCUACAUGACUUGAAUAUUCUGUUUAAGCCUCCUUUUUUAGGGGGAGUGAGAUAAAAAAAAUCCACAGGUCCACAAUAUUCAUACUAUGUUGUUUUCUAGUAGUGUCCAAGUGUUUAUUUAAGUACAUAUAAUUGGUGUCAACAAGGUCCUAACAACUUCUCUGCAUAUUAACUUCUAAAGUUCCUUUCAAAUAAAGUCACUUUAAUAGUUUUUCUGGUUUCAUACAAUAAUGGUUUGGGGAAUCAUUACCAACAAUCAGGAUGCAAAUAGUGUAAUGCCAAGCAAUGUCAGUAUUUUUUAACAUCAGAUCCUGAAGAAUAGGCUUUUUUUUAAAUAAAGAAAACAAAAUGUAUUGUAGAAGCUUCUUAUUGUGUAUAGCCAAAGAACUCCAUUUGACUCUGUAGUUACUAAAAUGUAGACAUAGUAGUUUGGUGCCAGAGCAAAAUUCAUUUGUGCUAAUAUGUGAACUCCUGAUAUGGUUGGUGCCAAAUUUUUACAGAAGAAUUAAAUCACAAAUAAUAUGUGCAGACAGCCCUGUAUAUUAUCCAUAGGUAGCCUCAUGUAGAAAUAAAGAUUUCCAUAGGGCUUCUGUAAAUUUUACAUCUAAUGGAAUUUUAGUACAAGUGAAGAAUUUUUUAGCCAAAGGCUUUAUAUUGGUGUUGUAAUUUACUACAUAGGUCAUAGCUAAGCCUUUGAAAAUAAAGUACAUGGUGUUGAUACUACCUUGGUGUUAUGUAAACUGACUUUCAAGCUAACCAAUUGGAUUUAAUCACCAACUGUCCCCUUUAUAAUGAACUACACUGUUGUUUUUGGGACUUCCAUGUGCUUUGAAUUACAGUGGAGCGUAUUAAUCUACCUUGAAUCCUAUGAUAAUAUAAUUGAAAUUUUACUGUAGUAGGCUUAGCAUACAUUAUAUAGUAUAACACAUUUCAGUAAACUUUAGACAAUGCUGCAUAAUAGUUAUACUUCAGGAAGAUAAACUGACAUUUUAAAUAGGAAGUAAUAUUAAUGAUCUACAUAAAAUUUGAAGACAUUUAAAAAUCAUAUUUAUUACAAAAAGAUCUGGCCAAAUUGGUCUUAUUAUUAAAUUUAUGAUUCAGAACCACUGUGUAGUAUGUAUUAUUUUCUCUAAAUGAUGGGAUUUUAAAGAAUCUUUUUAUGUUAUUGAAGAAAAUAUCACUACUACUACUAUGACUACUACUACUACUACUGACAGAAAGAACUCAUGAAUGUAAACUGGAGGAUAUUACAGUUUUGUUUAGUGAAUAUAAGUGAACUACUCAUGUGUGCUAGGUGUACUGUUUGCUGAGUAUUUUAUUUUGCUUAGUUCAGAGAGAGAGUUGAUUACUGAGCGCUGAAGUAUACAAUUUAGGAUAGGAGACUUGUAACUUCGGUAUUUAAUAAAAGAAACUAUACAUAGUCUCUUUACAAUGUAAAUGAUAUAUAUUCCAGGCACAAAAAUCUGUUUCUUGGGUGUGAUAUAUAAAAGUACAUAUCCUUAUUUUGAGGUGUCUUUUUGCAAUAAUUGAAAGACAUUAAAGAACAUCUAAUGCUACUUGGAAAACAUAUGGCACUACUUAGAAAAUGACUGAUAUCAUAUCUUGUGGAUUUUUAUUUCCAAAUUUGGCUUUUUCUUUCUUAAUUUUGCUUUCUUACUAGAAGUACUUGCAUGUAACAAUUUGUAUCCAUAUAUUCUAACUUAUUUUCCUUGUCAUUUUCUUAUUUGUGCUGUUAUGCCUUCUUAUCAGAAUUGAUAUGACAACCUCCGAGGUGUGAUUUUGGUGUUGAACUUUUCACAACAGAGAUACUAUUUUCAUGUAUGCUUUUCUAGCAAAAGAAUUAGGGUAAGUGAAAUUGGAAAAAUGAAAAAUGAUCACAAAAUAACUUUCAGCUUUUUCGUAAUCAGUAGUUUUUGAAAGUAGAUGGUCUUAAUUUUUUGAUAAGUUUCUUCAGAAGGGUCAUGUUAUACAGUCCUUUCAUGCAAAGAACACGACCAGAAUUAAGCAAUGAACAGCAUGAUUCCUAAUCACUGAGUGAGAAUUGACAAUGUGUAAAAGACACAGAUAUACUAGUGGAUUUUCGCAAUAACUGUGUGAGAGUUUUCUGCUGGAAAAUUCAAACACUGUAGCUUAACAAGUGUAGUAGGGGGCAACCUUAUUAUAAAGGAAAGCUUCAAACUAUACCCCCAUUUUGUAGAAGGAACCCUGGGAUGCCUAAUCAUGUCCAUUUUGGCUAGAACUCUAGAGCAACAAAUGCAGAUAUGAAUGAGACAUUUUUUGGAUGAGUUUUCUAUAAAUGCUUAACCAGUAAAAACUAAUCCUUUCUAUAAGACUUUAGAAUACUGUGGUUUCUGAUGGAUUCAUGAAUAAUUAUUUUGCAUUGGUUUUCUUUGUAGUUGAUGGUUCUUGGUAGUAUUUGAUGAUAGCACAGUUUGGGGUUUUUAUUGUCGUUUGGAAGGGAGAAGAUACUGUACUUUUUUUUUCUCACAGGGAAAACACCAGGUUUACCCAGAUGGACUAACAAUCUAUUGUCCUAAAGCACAUAUUAUCAUGAGUAAACUCAGGAAACCAUUUGCAAGAUGAUUAAAAUGUAGCACUGGUAGAUGGUGAUUUUGUGAAAAAUGACAGUGGUUUCAAUUCUUCCAUAAAAAUCAAAGUUUAGCCCAUUUUGUUAGACCCAGGAAUGCCUAAACAUUGAUUUUAGUAAUUUAUUGCCGUUGGUAAUUAAGCAUAGUAAAACAUUUUGGUAACACUUUUGGUUAGCCCAAAGGGAUUUCAUAUGUCUAGGCAACCCACAACUUAAGAACAGACGCUUGGUGUUUAUAACGUUUCCUCAUUGUGAAACAUCAUGUUAAAAUAGUACUGCCCACAGAAACUUAUUCACACUGAUUGAAUAGUAUUUUCUGACAGUUAGAGGUCCUUUAUAUGUGAAGAAGGGGAAGAACCGCUUACCUUUGCCUUAAGGUUAACUAGAAAACUUAGGCUUAAACUAGGCAAAGUAUGUCUUUGGCAUUCUCUACAUUCGCUUUCUCCUGGCUUUCUAGCUCCCACAUGCUGUCCUACUUGAGUACCUUGAGUACCUGACAGAGGACUCCAUGAUUAAAGCUUACUCCAGAAGGCUUCUGUGCCCCAAAAGGACCUCACAAAUCCUCUUCUCCAACUCAAAACUUCCAUUGUCACCAAGCAGCUAUUUUCAGCUAAAAAGGUGCAAAGAGUGGUAUCUCAGUAAAUUAAUUCACAUUUUUCUGUAAGUAGCUAGUAGAUAAUUGGCAUUUUUCAAGGAAAAUGUCCAUUAAUCAAAUGAGUUUCUAGUUGCUGGGUUUUCAGGCAAUCUAACCAGAUGAGAAUAAUUGUAAAUUCAUUUUUUAUCACGGAAGAUAUUUUUGGGCAAGGGAUACACAAUAUGCCGCAGGGUCAGAUUAUCCAAUAAACUUUCUUUUUUGCACAGCUCGUUCCUUUCUGCUUCUCAGUCUGCAUUUUCUCUUAACAACUUGCAAGUCUUUUAAUCACAAUGAACUUCUAUGACAGAAUGGUGUGAAGGGAGGCUUGUGAAUGGUGUGAAGUUAAGGCCAUAUUAUCUGUACUCUUGUUUCUCAUAGUGUGUGACCUAUAACAUAAGGAAUCUCCCCUCCCCAGCCCCACUUUCUAUUGUAUUGAUAAAGAAACAAGAACACAGAAAGGUUGAAUGCCCACUAUCAGUGGAGUCUGAGUCUCCAGGUCCUUUGUCUAGAUUUCAGGACACCGAGAUCCUAUUUAUCAUGAUGUUAUUUCUCAACAAGAAUGCAAGCCAUAUUAAGUAUAGAUUGGUGAACUGCAAUUAAAUUCCCAUAGAACAAUUUCUUACAUUUCAAAGCUUAUUCAGGUAUUUUUGGCAUGUAUCUCAAAAUGAAUGAUUACUGAAAUUAUCAGUACAAUUCAGUAGUGUGCUAUCUGCCUUCCUAUGAAAGAGCAUAGUGGCAUUAAUAGUGAUUAUUCACAAAUACAUUAUACUUAUGGAUGCACUGUUCCUAGUUUUCAUCUUACAAUAUUGUGAAGUCUGUUGUAUAAUUUGGAUAAAAUGAUAAUCCUUAAUCACCUAAAAUUCCAUUUGGUUGCUAAUACUUGAAGCUAUAUUAAGUCCUAAAUUAUAGACAUAAGUUUCUUUGAAACAUGAAGAAAAACACAAAGGAAAAUUAUUUUUAGAAUACAGAAAUUCAAGCUUGCUUACUUAAAGUAUACAUAUAUUCCACAUGUACCUUUUAGUUUAUUGACCAGCAAAAAAGCUAAAUGCUUAGAAAUAAACAUGUAUGUGAUUGCCAAGUUAGGAUUCUUUCUAUAUUCACAUUUCUAAACCUUGGACAGUAGAGCUUCUUUGGAUAACUGUUUUGCUUUCAUUCUAUUUGUCUAAUUAUGUGAACUAAUUUAUUCUUAAAAAGGUAUUUAUUAAGCAUCUAAUUUUAUGUGGGUCAGUGCUAGAGAAUGUACUAAGUGCAUUAGUUUCUUAAUAAAUUGUCAUAAUGUGACCAAGUAGAUUUAUUUGCUUUUUUCUUUCCUGUCAUCUAAUAUUGCUUAGGUCACAUUUAAGUUCUCUUUUCAAGUUCACUUUCUCUGAAAUUGAUACCAUUUAUAGCAAAGAAAUGUAAGUGUGUUUUUUAGUAUGAUAAAAUUAUUUUUAACAUCACAAAAGCAAUCUAGCGGGGAAACAGGAAAUAGCCAUUUUAAAAGUUAUACAGGAAACCUUGAUUAAAUAUCCAAAUGCCAACAUGGUUCGGAAAUGGGAAUUUAUCUUGUCUUAAAUUCCACAGCAUAAAAAAGGAGAAUGGUGGUUUUUCUUUGUUUGAUUUUUUUAGAACAGUAAGUAGUGUUGGUAGUUGUGAGUUACAUAGGGUUUAUGUAGAGAGACCAUAAUUCGCUAUAGCCAAAAUAAAAAAAUAUUGUCUUACCAACAUUUCCCAAGCACUUUGGGAUUCCUAACUUUAUUUUUUGAUAUAGAAAAUAUGAUAUUUACUGGCAUUUUAUUGUGCUUCUCAAGACAGAAAUGGCAUUAAAUAGAAGUUGUGUGUAAAUUUGAUUCACAUGUGCUUAAAAACUUAAAAGCUGCAAUUGAAAGAAAAGGUCCCCAAUGUUCAGGUGACUGUAUUUUCUUUUUCUGACUACAGUAUGGAGUUUAUACCAUCAUUUAUUUUAUGAAUGUUUUCUUUAAAGCACUGUUCCUUUUGACAUUAAAGUUUUCAUUGUACUACAUUUUUCAUGUAAGACCAAUUCUAGUAGUGCAUUUUAUGGUGUUUUUUUCCCUCACAGUGCUGCUUAAAGAAAUGGCUAUCAUUUUGAAUUUACAACAUGCCAAAGAUGACAUAGAAAUUAUAUUUAUUUUUGUUCUUGUUAAAACUCUGUGAGCAACAUUUAUCAAGAUAUCAUGUUAAAUUACUGGCAUUCUCUGGGUACUAAAUAAAAAGGCUGCAACUUUCUAACAUUUUAUAGUUUACCUUGCUUGAUCAUUUAUGGAUAUAAAACUGUGUCUGCUUUUCUAAACACCAUACACGCAGAUUUCAUUGAAAGUUGCUAUACAUUGUUCAGGAGCCAGUUCUAAAAAAAAAAAAAAGUGUUUCAAGGUGUUAUUUGUUUAUGCAUAUACCUUGAUAUUUCCUGAACUGUAAUAUUUUCCCACAUUAGGAUUACUCUUCUAAUCUUCUUAUAAGGCAAGGGAAUUCAAGAAAAUGAAGAUGAAAACUUAAAAUAAUAUUAGGACUUAUCAGGGGAAUGCAUUUGUCUGUAAUUUAGUUAAGGUGACAACCUUUUCUGUAAUAAGGAAAAAUUAAAAUCUUACUCCCAAGUACUGGAAAAAUUACCGUAAAGUUUGGAAUCAAGUAGAAUAACAAAUUCUCCCCCAAAAAAGUCGUACUUUGUAGGCUAUGUUAGAUUAUAGCAGUUAUACAUAUACUCUGAGGUUCAGAAAUGCAUUUCGAGCCUGCCAAUCAAAAUCUCCAUGUGCCUCUUCCGCUUUUUUCAACUUCUUAAAGGUAAACAAGAUAGACCCUAGGAAAAAAUUGGAAAGUCUGCAAAAAUUGCUUUCCCACUGACCACCUCUUUUUUAUCUCUCUUCUGCUUUUGCUUCUUUCCUGCCUCCCAUCCCCCCAACCCCUUAGUGAAAUAUCUGAUCAUCUUUUAUACAUCAUGAUACAUUAAGCAACUUAUUCCCAAUAAAAUAUUACUUUAUUCUGCGUUUGUCUUUUAAGCAUUAGCUAUCAAGAUAAAUGCAUUUUUUGGUCAGCAGGGCCCUGAAAUAAUUUAGGCCUACCAGGCUAAACCUGAUUUAAUCUUCUUAGGCUGUCUUGGAGGGUAGAGUGAGGGAUAGAAGAAGCAGACUACAAUUCGUUUCUUCCAUAAUUCCUUGACUCUCUUCCUUUUUACUUGGAGAGAGAGAUUGACUGGAAAUGUUGGGGACCUAUUUUUGAAGGUGGAAUUUAUGUCCAUUUACUACUGGCUUCUUCUAGAAUUAGAACCUGCUCUACUCAAGCCUAUGGCAGCCUCUCUGUAUCUCCCCUUCCCUCAUCCCUGUGCUCUACCUCCCUGCCUAAGCACAGGUUAGGACGCAGGCCUUACCUUUCUCUUUCCUGCUUCAAGAUGCUCAGAUACAUUUAUUGUAUUUUCUGAGCCUAGGUAUUUUAGAUUUUUUCUUCUUUUUAAGUAUGUUAAAGUAAGCCACUGUAUUUGACCCCCUCUGAUUUUUCAGAUUCUAACAAAAACACAUUCUCUUUGUUAAUAGAUGCAUUUUUUACUUAACAGAUAUAUAUUGUGUUUCUGUGCCAGAUGCUGCUACUGAUUUUAUUCUCCCUUAUUCUAAAAGAGAUUCAAGGUUGUUUAUAGUAACAGACAUGUAUGCAAUAAAGCUGUUAAAAUUGAAACACACACAUAGAAAAACAUGAAAAUGAGAAGAAAAGCAUGCCAACAGCCAGGGCUGACAGGUAAUUUAAUUAAACAUUAAAUUUAGCUGUGAGCUUCCUAACAGGAGAGGCAAGAAGAGAAACUCAGCAGCUUACUAUAUUUUUUGCUGAUACUAAAGUGUUUAACAUAGGAUAACCUUAUACCAGGGGCAUUCAACUGAAUAAUGUCUUCAACCACGGUUUUGCAGCAAAUCCAUUAAGACAUUUUUAGUUGUAAGUGCUAAUACCUAACUCAAACUGGCUUAAACCAGUAAAGGGGAGUUAUUGACUGGAUUCAUAUCUUAGGCAAUAGCAUCGGGAUAUUUUUUUCUCCAUCUUUCUGAUCUGUUUGCUAAGUCAUAAUCUUUGAACAUAGACUAUAUCCUGGGAAUUUCUAUUUCUCUGCAAAAACCUGCUUAUCCCUCUAGCUCUCAAUUCAGUAUCUUCCAUUUUAACCUCUGAUCAUUCAAAACAAUCACCUUGGUGGGGAGGCAUAAUGGGGUAAAUUGUUGCCUUUUUCAGAAAGAGAGCUCAAGAGCUCAGGAACAGGAGACAUUUGAGAGAGGCCUAGGGAUUUUGUUUUUCUAAUAUCCCAGUUUUAUCUCCCAUUUCGUUUCCAACACCCUGCCUUUUCCAUCAUUCAUUUAACCUUGGGCAGGGGUUUGGCUAUCCCAGCCUUACCAGGAUCUAAUUUUACAUGAUACCUAGCCAUUCCAAUUUCUGGCUAAAAGCAGAAAGCUCUUUCAGCGAGAUUGUGUUUUCUUCCCUCUCUGCUUUCAAAUGAGCCAGUUUUAGCCUUCUCUUUGUUAUACAGCCUUACCUAAAGCCAUAAGAAGUAACCAGCAUGCUCCAAAGUCCUAAACUUUUCAUAUCAAGUUCCUUAACUUUAUAACCUUGAUAGAUUUAUGUUCUGAGUCUUAAGUUAAAGCAGGUGACAUUUUAGCCAUCUGUUUCACUACCACAUAAAAAAGAUUUCCAACUUCCUAGCUAAGGAUAGAGGGAUCCUUAGCCCUACACCUUUGCUCAAGUCAACUAAUUCUCUAUUUCUGUCACUUGUAAACUCUAUUUUCUGUUAACAAUUUUGAUUACAAGUGACAGAAACUCAUCCCAAACUGGCUUAAGUAAACAAACAAAAGGUAUUUAUUGUGUCAUAUAGCUAAGAAGUCUAGAGGUAGGCCGUUUUCAGACAUUGCUGGGUAUAAAGUUCAAGCAGUGUCAUCAGAACUUGUUUUCUCUCCAUCUCUUGACUCUCUUGUGUGUGGGCUAAUUUUCAGUUUCCACAUAAGGGCAGAUUGUUUAGAGAGACUCCAAGCUUCUCGUUAACAUCCAGUAGGAGAGAGCAGGAGUACUUGAAGUCCUGGCAGAAGUAGGAUCACUAGGUAACACAGGAUACCUAGUUAAAUUUGAAUUUCAGAUUAACAAGGAGUAUUUUUGGGGUAUGUCUCAAAUAUUACAGGAGACACUCUCAUACUAAAAAGUAACUGGGCAUCCUGUAUUUUAUUUGCUAAAUCUGGCAAGCCUAAACAGAAAUUUCAUUUUCUAUCAUUGGCUCUAACCAAGUUACUCGCUCAACUCUAAAUUAGUAUUGUGGCCUAGUGAAUGUAAUAAUCUGAAUGACCAGGCCUGAUUCAUAUAACUGCCUCUGGGGCCAGGAGAGAACUCCACCAGAAAUACAUAGACUGAAAGUGGAAAAAACAUGGUCUAGAAGCAGAUGGAAAUCAAGGUAUGGUUACUAGAAGAAAGGUGAAUGGUAUUAGACAGCAAGAACAACAGAUGUUAUUCAUAGUGGUAUUUUUUAUCAGCCCAUAAAAAAAUGACAAAAAUAUAACACAUAACAAUGAACUUUAGUGAAGUAAUUCUGUGGAGACUAACCUAAUAUAGUCCAGGUAUAAAAUGUUCUGGUACAAAUAAAUGAAUGUGUGUAAUGUCCUUUACCCUAUCUUCCUUAAAUAUUAUUUCUCUUAACCAGGCUUUUGAUAGGAACUAAACAUCAGAUAAUUCGAGAAUAUACUCUCAGAAGAAAUUAGGGAGUUCUGAUAUUCUUUGUUGCUAAUUGUGGAGAGUUAAUACUUAGCCAAUUUGUGCCUUAAUUGCGUUGCAAAAUGGGAAAAUAUGCCAGUUAUUUAAAACCUUUUCAAAUAUUAAUUAAGCAACUUUAAGGCUAGAAAAGUCGCUUUUAUCUUUUUGUCUAACCUUCCUGGGUUACUUGUUUGCUCUUUUCAGUGAUUAGCACUAGCAAAAAGUGCCUUAAUCUCUCACCUAAAUUCUUAUUUUGUCCUUCUGCUAGUCACUAAGCUUCCAAUCUCUUAGCCCAUACUGCUGUCAUCACCGAACUCCACCUUAGGUAAGGCGUGAGCCUCUCUGUGCACACCUUUUCUCCCGUACCUUAUGUAGCUGGUGAUCGGUGCUGGUGACUCGCAGCUUAACUGCCUCAACUGAUAGUAUAUUUCAUUUUCAGGUAGCUGUAGUUAUUAGAAAGUUUUCAUUAUAUUGAGGCAAAUAAUGCUUCCCUGUAACUAUUCUAUACAUUAUUCUGGGUAAAAUUAGGAUCAACAGAAAAUAAAUAUGCUUCCUCUUUCAAUCACAAUCCUUUCAAGUAUUUAAAAACAAUGUUUUCAUUGUUCUCCUUCUCUCUUAGGUCUUUACUUUCCUGGCUAAAUAUUACAAUUCUUUAGACGCUUCCUUAUAUCACAAUUUUUUUCAGAUUCUUCACCAUGCCAAUCACUCUUGAUUGACUUUCUUAAAGCACCUAUUUCAGGAGUAAGUACCCCAGAUGUUAGUUCAGUACUAAUUUUCUCUAGAUGCUGUACUUUUAAUGCAGAGUAGAAUCAUAUUAGAUAUUUUACUGGUCAGGUCAGAUUUUUAGCUUAUAGUUUGCAAUGGUGGGAUUGUUUUUCCUCUCACAAACUACCUUCUAGCAAGGUUGCCUCCUCUUCCUCCUCAGUCUUUACCUAUACAAAUGAUAAGUCCAAAACUUUACUUUGCAAUAUAUUUCUAGACUUCCUCCAGGUUCACAUUAACUCUUUAAUGUUUAAAAAAAUAUUUUUUUUUAAAGAUUGGCACCUGAGCUAACAUCUGCUGCCAAUCUUCUUUUUUUCCCUUCUCCCCAAAGCCCCCCAGUACAUAGUUGUACAUUUUAAUUGUAGACCCUUCUAGUUGGGGCAUGUGGGGCGCCUCCUCAACAUGGACUGAAGAGCGAUGCCAUGUCGGCGCACAGGAUCCAAACCGGUGAAACCCUGGGCCUCUGAAGUCGAGCGCAAACUUAACCACUCGGCCAGGGGGCCAGCCCCUUUAAAGUUUUUCUAAACUAGUUGUAGAACUAUAAAAUAAAACUAUUAUUCAACACAUAAUUCUACAUUUUUUUCACUAAGGUGUGAGACUGUCAAAUGCCAUGUUGAAAUCAAGAUCCACUAUUUCUACAACUCUGACUUUCCAGUCCAAUAACCCUAUUAAUAAAGUAAGUUGACAUGACUUGUUCUUAGUGAACAAAGUUUGUCUCCCAGAGACCCACACUUUUUUAUUAAAUGUGUUAUAUCUUUUGUUAAAUUAUUUUUUGAACAUUGCUAGGGAUCUAAAGUGUACUGCUAGCUUAUAGUUUCUGGAAUCUAUUUCCUCAUACCGUUUUUAAUAUUCGGACACCAUAUUGACAACUCUUGGCUUAUGUUAAUUUCUCUUGUUUUCCAUAAUUUAUCAGAGAUUGAUGAUGAUUUUGUGGUCACAUCUGCAAGUUAUUUCAGUGCCAAGGAAUGUAAAUCACUAGAGGCUUAAGAUUUACGUUCAUUUAGGUACUUAUCUUUUAUUUUUUUCAUGUCUCUGUAACUAUGUUUAAUGUCAACUUUCCAAUGUGAAGCUUAUUCUCUUUGGUGGCAAGAUGUGAGUUAAGCAAUUCUGUUUUCUUACCAUCAUUUCUUAAAAUCACACAAUUUUCCUAUCCCUUUUCUACCUUUUUCUUUUAAUUUUAAAACAGACCAAAAUACAAGACGACCCUAGUUGUCAUUAACAUUUUUAUAAACUUUGGUUUGUCUCAUACAUAGCCUGGCUUCACAAUAUUUCUACAGAUUUGUACCACUCAAAAAGUUAAUCCUUGAUUAUUUUCUUUAAUUUUUAGAUAUGUCAUUUUGCUUGUAUAUAAGCUCAUCAGCAAGCUCCCGCUCAGCAAUCAAAUCCUUUUUUAUUUUGGGUUAUUUUAGAUGGCUCUCCCCCAUGCUAUUUAUUGCACUGAUGUGUUACAUUCUUUUCCUUUCAUACUCUUUGGAUUACACCUAUAUAAUUUGUGAUUUUUUCCAAGUUGACUCUUCUUAAGUCCAGGAUAUAUACAUGACUAUCCCCAUCAUUCUCUUCAUUCAUUAUCACAAGCUUCAACGUAAUAUUAUUCCUUUUUCUCAAGAUUCCUGUCACUUUCACAUAACCAAGGUAUUCAUCUCUAUUCAUCAAAAUUUAAUUUAGAGAGGCAGUUUUCAUGUUUUUCUGUCUCCCAAAAGAUGAAAUUUUCAGCAGGGCAAGUAAAGAAUUUUUAGGACCACCGUUCUUAUCAAAAUGAGAUUUCAUGUUUGAAGUCUUCAUGAGAGGUGACAUUCUGUCAAGAUUAUAUCCUUCCUUUGUAUCUAUUGUUUAAUAUAUUUUAAAGAUAUUAGAACAGCAGAACCAAUGCCUUUGGUUAGGAUGGCUAUUCUCUAGUAUAUUACUAAAACUUCAUUUAGGAUUCUCUUUCCUUUGAUUAUCAUCCACAUAUUUUAUCUCAUGCCUAUACUCAUUUUCUUUUUCAUUUCUAUAAAGGUAUAUACCUUAAAGCUGUCAAAAACAUAACAGAUAAGCCUUCUUAGAUUAGUUUUCUAUUACUAAAGGUAUUCAAGUGAAAAUUGAUGACCACUUUCAAAUUUUAAGGAAAGGGUCAAGCAUUGAAUAGUGAUUUAGAAUGAUGCUUAGGAUCUUUUCCAAAACUAAGUAUAUGGUGCUGAGCAUAAAUGUAGUACUAGUAUCACUAUUUCUUUGAAUUAGAUCUAUUUUUAAUAUGAUGUAAUCUUAUACUUUUAUCUGGAGUCCUAAUUUCUCUAUUAUAUAAAUACUUAAGUUUACAUGACUCAUUACUCAUAUAGAAUUAUAAACGUUUAAUUCUAAUUCCAAACUCUAUAGUCUUAUAAUAAAAAUUACUUGUAAUUCACUUGCAAUAUCUUCUGUGUUAGUCAAUUUUAAUUUGGGUGUUUUCUCUCUUAUUUCUCAAAUUUCAGUUUGAGACUUUUGACCAGAUUUGUAAGUCUCCUACCUAAUGUGCUCUUUGUAGUAUGCACUCAGUUCCUGGUUCAUUUGUCACUGUAGAUUACGAUCCAAUAACUAAACUACUGUUUAUUGAUACUGCAUAUUGAUGUAUGCAAUUGGUGCUUUCCCAAAUCUGCUUUCUGUUCCAACAUUACAAUCUU